GGUGGGUCGGUCCAUGGGAGGGACUAGCGCAGAAAAAGAGGAGGGGGGGCGGUGGAAGGAGGCGUCUGCGAGGAGGCUGUUUCUCUCUCCAGUCUCUUCCCCGUCGUCUUUGUCUCGCGCCACUCUUUUGUUUAGCCAUGCCGAGCCUGCUGGUGCUUGCAGGGAUCAUGGAGAAAAACGGGGGCUACGGCGCCGAUCUAGCCGGCUCCGGCUUCGGGGGGGAGGCGGGUCUGCUGGGGCCCCCAGACGACGACGAGGAAGACUCCCGCGCCCUAAGGGUCGCGCUCGGCCAGCUGUCGCUCCUGGGGCUCGGCGAGGGCGAGGACGGUGGAGGAGGAGGAGGUGGAGGAGGUGGUGGAGGUAGUGUUGUUAUCGGCGGUGGUGGAGCUCCGACGAGCGGAGUGCAAGACCGGAGCAACAACAACAACAACAACCACCACAACAGUGGAGGAGGAGGAAUUGGGGGAAUCGGCGGACUUGGAGGCGGAGGGGACGCGUCGAUCCUCCAAGGCAAGAGCAAGUUGUGCGCCCUGUACGAGAGCUCGUCCGGGGAGCCCAAAGGACGCGGCUGCAACAUCACCGAAUGCGUCCCGGUACCCAGCUCCGAGCAUGUUGCUGAAAUAGUGGGCAGGCAAGGUUGUAAGAUAAAAGCCUUGCGGGCCAAGACCAACACCUACAUCAAGACCCCCGUGCGAGGCGAGGAGCCGGUGUUCUUGAUCACCGGCCGCAAGGAGGACGUGGCCCUGGCCCGUCGCGAGAUCAUAUCCGCCGCCGAGCACUUCUCCAUGCUCAGGGCAUCGCGCAACAAGCUGGGCGUGUCCUUCAGCGGCUCCCCGCCCACCCCGCUCCCGGGGCAGACCACCAUCCAGGUGAGGGUGCCGUACCGAGUGGUGGGGCUGGUGGUGGGCCCCAAAGGCUCCACCAUCAAGCGCAUCCAGCAGCAGACCUGCACGUACAUCGUCACGCCGAGCCGGGACCGGGACCCCGUCUUCGAGAUCACGGGCUCGCCCAGCAAUGCCGAGCGAGCCCGCGAGGAGAUUGAGGCGCACAUCGCCUUCCGGACGGGAGGACUGCACGACCACAACAACGAGAACGACUGCCUGGGCCCCAACGGCGGCAGCAGUCCGGCGGGGAGCAGCGGAAGCGGCGGCGGCGGCGGCGGCCUGGAGAGUCGACUCCAGCAAGUGUGGGGCCUCCAGGGGGGCCAGCGGAAACCCCUUACCAGCAGCUACCGCCAAAACUUCUCGGACGCCCUCGGAGGCGGAGGGGGCGGCGAGGGAGUGGGGAUCUACAAUAAGGGAAAUUUCUCCAGCUCUGGAGAAAAGCCUUGCUCCUUUUUUGGCUCGGAGGGCGCCCAGAGUUGGGGUGACCCCGACUACCCCAAGCAGAUGGCUUUCUACGCCCAGCAGCGAUCCAAGAGCUUCGGAGGGCUCCCGCUGCCCCUUACUAGACUCUCGCCGGGGCUCCCGGAGCCGCCGGCCAACUCGUCCGUCGGCGGCAUGGCGUCGGGGUCGCCGCACGCGCAGGCUCGCCGCGCCCACAGCGAGCCCACCUCGGCAGGGGAGGGCGGCUUCCCAGGGCGGCUCCCCGUACCGGACUCGCCGCCGGCCGUGCGGGAUUGCAUGACCUGCUUUGAGAGCAAAGUGACGGCCGCCCUGGUGCCCUGCGGCCACAACCUCUUCUGCAUGGAGUGCGCCAUUCGAAUCUGUGAGCUCAACCACCCCGAGUGUCCCGUGUGCCACACGCAGGUCUCUCAGGCCAUCCGAAUAUUCUCCUAAGGAACCGCGUCCCUUUUUAGACAGCUUUUUUUUUUUUUUUCUUGGUCUCUCGUUUGUCGGUCGGCUAAUUAGUUGCCCUUAUUACAGUUGUUAUUAUUAUUCUUAUUCCUAUAAUUGCGAUACAUUUUUUCAUUUUUCAGGAAAGUUUUAAAACAAUCAAGCAGCUAUUUUAGAAGGCACUGCUUGCUUUACUAAAAAGUAUAAGAAAUAUUUUUCAGUUUUUCUUUUAUAUACAUAUAUAUGCAUAUAUAUUUUAUAAAAAUUUUGUUUAUAAGAGAAGCAUUGUACCUUUUCAGGUUUGGAUUUUUUUUUUUCAUCUUUUUUUUUUUUUUUUUUUUAAGAUGGGACUGCUGCUGUUAUUCCUAAACGCAGAAUCACAGUGUAGGCCGACAAAAUGUGAACAUUUUAUUACUGCUAUUCCAUUUUUUUUUUUUUUUUUUUGUAUUAUCACGUUACCAUGAAGUGGGAUUAUAUGGAAGGAGGAUUGUUCAAUUCACACCGCACCAUACAAUCAUCUUGGGUCUAAAAGAGGGUUGUCAAUCACACUUUUUGAUGGUAAAUGAAUCCUUUUAUUGUGCUUUGACAAUAGAAAAUGUGAAUGGAUUUUAUUCAAAGCACUUCUUCAAUAGUUAUACUGUACUCUUGAUUUUUUAUUUUUUUUUUGUGGGGGGGCAUUACAUUAUUAUUCGCCAUAUUAUCGGUGCCAUUGUUUGGACCACCGGCUCCCAAAAUGAGUGAAUCUCAUGGAGGAGGGGGCAUUGAUUCCGCAAGGCUUGCUGUAAUCUGCUGAAAAGAUUCAGUGAUGCUCGGCUUCCCCUCGUGGUUUAAAGGACUCAUUUUACUUGCCCAGGACCCCCCCCCUCCCCUCCCCCAAAAAAGCCUUUGAAAUCGGACCAGUUGGCCUCGAUGAACACCCCUCCAAACCACUAUCUUUUUAUUCUCAAUUCGUCACUAGAAGAAUGUGAGCAAAACAUCAUGCAGAUAAGACGAGAAUUUGUUUUUGUAUUCGGCGUCUGGCUGGAGCAGGUGUGGGGUUAUCUCGACUGGUCCCCCCGUUUUGUCUCCCUUCUUUGACCACAUGUUCCCCUUCUCUGGGCUGCUUACAGUGUGACCCCCCCCAGGCCUCCCUCUCGGAUUGAGGAGCGUUAUUGUCUGUGGGUACUCGGACAGCGGGGCCUGGCGAGCGCUCUUUUGAUAAUUAAAUGGGUUUGGUCCAGGUGCGGACCGGAGGGGGGAAUUCAACCCCCGCUGUCGUGCCCAACCAAACCCCUCCCCCCCCUCACAACAUACGAGAUUUGAAAGCCACACUAUUGAUGAAAAACAUGUGGCCAUGUUAAAAAGAAGGCACUGUCACGAGGUGUAGUGUGAACGCCCCCAACCUCUCCAGCCAAACCCCUUUAUUAUAGCCACCCCCCCCACACACACACACACAUAUGCACCAACUGUGAAAUUCAAAACAGGGUUUACGUGACAGAUCCAAAAAGGCCUACCCAUUGACCCCCCCACCCCAGCUACUGUAAGGGACAUCCAGCAGCUGCCCCUUCGCUAUGGACACUGGGGCCCCAGCCAAUGGGAGACCCCCGGCCUCCUCCUCCCCACUCCCCUGCCCUAGCUUGAAUGAAAUCAGGCAAUUGUAAUUGACAGGAAAGCGGGGGAAACGCCCCAUUUAACUCGCCCUCGCUCUGAAUCAAAUUAUGCUCUGGGCCCAGCGCUGGGGGUGGGUGGUGUGGACAAAUGGGUUAUUGCGGGGCUUAAACUGUUGAAUUAAAGAGGGGGGGGGGGGCUUGUCGGUCAGGGAGGCCAUCUUGGGGUGGGAAUGGUAAAGUCCACAUUAUGCCAAACGAUACUAUCUAAUUACAUGUUAAGGUGUGUGUUGAUAGCCACGAUACAUCAUGACAUUUACAGCACAAUAAUGACGCUAAUUAAUAAUAACACUCCCAACUUUUGCUGUCAAAGUAUUGCCGGAAGAAAUCGCGAUCUGUCUCCAAUCAGAUUGAUCGGCUGUCUAAGCUGCUUUCAGACACAAGGAUGGCAUAUUUACAUGAUUCUGGGUGGCUGUAGUACUUCUUCAAAAUAUUGAGAACUGAUGAUUGGUGUAUCCGUACUGUGAUAAUGGCGCAAUGUAUCAUGAUAUCAAUAGAUCAUCGUAUCCCUAUCGCCUCGGCUUAAGGCUUCAAACUGUUUUACAGGUAAUGGGGAUUGAUACCCAAUGAUGCAAUGUAUUGCAAUAUCACUUCCGCUUGAGCCUUCAAACUGUUUUAAAGGUAUCAGGUAUCAAUAUUUUGCUGAUGAUACACUGUAUUGCAAUAUCGAGACAAGAGGACACGUAUCACCUCGGCUUGAGCCUUUAAACGGUUUUCAAUUCUGUUUUUAAGGUAUCAGGUAUCGUGUGAGUCUACUGAUACCGUGAUAAUGACGUGAUGUAUCGCGAUAUCGAUAUCUUGUACAACCCCCAGAGAAGACGUCUGUCUCAUUUUAAAUUGUGUCCCAGCCACAUCCUUCCCUCAAGAGAACCCCCUUCCCCCGCCCCCCCCUGCCCGUGGCCUCCUCUUAAGAGCCAAACACAAAGCAAAGCACGUGUAACACUUACAAAAUAAAAGUAACUUAAACUCUAGGACAAGAUAGUAGAAAUAAAGAGUAUCAUUCUAUGGAGAAAUUGCACAGCACAGUCAUAAAAAAAAUAUUCUUAGUAUUUUUGUUUUAUGCCUUAAUGUUACACUUUUUUUAUUCCAAUAAUGCCAUUCAGGCUGACACGUUGGCCUUCCAUUGCACCAACCCCUUACAACAACUUUUCAAAGUUAAAGAAUGUGAAUCACACUUGGCUAAGGAGGGGGUUCAGGAAAUGACACCCUUAACCCGUCUGUUAUGUCGCGGGUCAAAUUGACCCGUUUUAUUGUGAAAGAGAAGUAAUAUGAAGUAGUUUUGGGGUUAUGAAACGUCACAUGUUGGCUGUGAAAUGUUUGUAAUGGAGCUAAUGAUGAGACUUUUUUUUCUGUUUCUGACCCUUUUGGCUAAAUUACAUGUCACGAGUCAAUAUGACCCAAGAACAUCACUGCUGUUCCUGAAGACCUAACAGCAGGGUUAAAAAAAACACUUACACUUACAAAAAUAAAUAUGAAGAGUAAAGCACCUUAUUUACUAAGAGAAGAAGCGCAUUUCAUGAAUACCAAACCGACCACUGAUGGUGAAAUAUUUCCUAGAAUCUAAGACAUGCACAUAAGGAUUCCCUUUUGUUUUUGUUUAUGUUGUAUUUCUUGUCGUGAUCACGACGAGAGAGGGCUGUCUCUUUAUAUCCGAGUAUUCAAAGACUCUUUGUAAAUAAAUAACACAUUUAUUUGCUCAUAGGACGUCCGGCUUCCACAAAGCUUUUACUACGCCAAUUUAACACAGGAAAAAAAGAGAAAAUAUUAUUAUUAUUAUUAUUAUUAUUGUGUUAGCCAUCACUUUGACUCGAAUAUUAGCCUUCAUGAGAUAGAUCCAUAGGUUUAAUACAUAUUAUUUCAAGGGAUUAACAUAAUCAGACGCUUCUAUGAUAUCCCUUAUGAAGCCUGUACUGUAAAAAUCUGAAAUACAUAAAGGUUCUGAUGAAUUAUAUGUAUAAUAACAAUAAUAAUAACAACCCCUGAAUGAAGACACAAUUUUCUAUGUACAUUAAGAUGAAGCAAUAAACGGUAAUAUUCCAUUCAGACUACUUUGACUAUUAGCAUUUAAGCAUUUGGUAGCUUGUUGCAGUUCUUUGAUUCGUAAAAAACAAAAAACAAAAAAAAAAC